AUGAGCUUGGUGUUGCUUCUUUGCAUUGCCAAUUUACCAACAUCUGACGCUGGUGCUUGGUUCCGUCGUUUAUUUGGAUUGGAGAAGACUCCUAAAACAGCAACUGAAGUAACAACAGAUGGAAAGGAGGCUCCUAAUGAAACGUCUCCAGGAACCACAGGUGAUACGACGAAGAAAACUGAAGAAAAGACGGAGGGGAUGACAGGACAUCCAGAAACAGCAACUGUAGAGACCAAAAAAACACCGAGGCCUAAUGAAUCAACGUUUCCAAGAACUGGAGGUGAACUUAGAAAACGAAAACCAUAAGUAAGAGUACGUAUGUAAUAAUUAACUGCUUUUUACGGUAUUUAUGUAUAAUUACGCGUAAAGUAGUGCUACUAAAAAUCUUCCAGAGACGUCUGUCACUGUAUCGAUUUAUUUUCGUGAGAUAUGCCUAUUCGAGAUGAACUUCUGAGUUUGAAAUAUGUUGGGUGAAUUAAUGCAGUGAAAUUUUUUUGUGACAGCUCGUGUUUUAUUACUAGAAUUGUUUCCGUUUAAAAUUAUUACUACUCAUGAGUAACACAAUAUAUAUCUAGAAAUAAUUUCCUUUCGAUUGUUGAUUCGCCAUCAUUUGAUUGAUUUUCUGAUUUAUCAUGCACUGACUUCUGUCAGAGAAUCCUCAGAAACCAGUAGUGAUUACUGGAGAGCUGUUUCAUCUGCAUUUAGGGAUGCUCACUGGUUUUCACUCCCU